AUGGCGCCUCCCAGAAUCAACAAGGGUCGGAUUUAUUUGUUAGCGCCUUCUCCUGAGGUGACAUUUUCGCUCUCUAGGCAACCCUGGAUACAGGGAUCCGUCGAUUUGGCGCCUUCACGCAACACUGCCGAGACCCGACAUACAGGCCAAGAAGCAGGUGGCAACCCGGUUGAGACGACGUCACCGCCAAAUGUUCCUUGUGCUGGCUUUCUCUGUCGCUCUGUAGGCGCGGCCAUUUCAGUUUUGCUGACGGGAAAAAGCCUUGAAACUAGUAUUAUGCAAGGCACGGAAAGCGCCGACUAUACCCCGGAAAUUGAAACAAGUGGUGUGGCCGAAACAACAGAUGAUCGCGCUAACGAACCGACCGGGGCUGCAAUAAUGACAUUAUUGCAUCGCCCAACGCAAAUGCCGACGCUCGCGUGUUUCUAA